UNAAAAAAAAAAAAAAGAAAAAAAAAAAAGUAAAAGUAAGCGACCUUUUAAACAAAAUAAACAUAUUAUGGAACAACUAAUAGAUAACCCAAAACUAAAUAAAGUCCAGAUUCAUAUAAAUGGAGUCAUAGCAAUAUUAUCAACGAGUACGAUUAGUAAUGUAGCAGUUUUUGUAAUGAUAUGGUGGAUAAUAACGCAAAAACAUUCUAGACAUACAGUAGUUACUAGACUAGUAUUAAAUUUAAUUUUAUCAGAUUUUAUACAAUCUAUAGGAUUUAUGAUGAGUUAUAAUUGGUUACGUAUAAAUGCUAUAAAUGAAGGAACUUAUUGUGAUAUACAAGGUUUUCUUAUCAAUUUAGGAGAUGUUGCUUCUGGGUUUUGGGCUCUUGUAAUAUGUUUACAUACUUAUAUGUUAGUCGUCCAUUCUUAUGAAUAUUCUCAUUUGGUAUUUUUGGCCAUGAUAAUAAUAUGGCCAUUUAAUAUUGUUAUAUCUGCUUUAGGUUAUGUUAUUCAACAAGCAUAUGAUGAAAGUUUUUAUAGUAAUGCUGGUGGAAGUUGGUGUUGGAUUUCUCCUUAUUAUCCAAAUUAUAGAAUUGGUUUUCAUUAUGGAAUUAUAUUAUUUAAUGCUGCCGCUAUGAUAAUUUUAUAUGCCGUGAUGUUUACCGUAAUUUACAGACGUCAAGGUUCAAUGGCAACUCAAGGUUCCAAAAGAGUUUUACAAAGUGUUAAUAAAAAAUUAGUAUGGUAUCCUAUAGUAUAUAUUAUAUUAGUAUUUCCAUUGGCUCUUCAACGUAUUGUUGCUAUUGCCACCGAAAAUCCAAAUGUAUGGGGAAUCAAUUAUUUGAUUCCGGCCGCUUGUGUAUUUACGAGCGCAGGUUUUGUAAAUACAAUAAUUUAUGGAAUAACGCGUAAUAUCGUAUCCGUAAAACCUGUACUUGAAAAGAUUCGUAGAUUUACUUCUUCUUCCUUUCCGUCAACAUUUUCUGAUUCUGCAACUAUGACAAAUAUGACAAAUAUUCAUAAUAAUUCUUUACAAAAAUCUGGUGAAUUCUUUUCAACGAUAAUUACUGGAGCUGAUUCAAGUUCUGUAAUAACCCCUCCAAGUCCUACUUAUUCAAAUGAACCUUUAAAUAAUUUACAAAAUAAUCCGUAAUUAAUUAUUAAUUUUUAUUUAUUUUAUUUAUUGUAAUUUUAUUUUACCUAAAAAAAAAAAAAUUUGUAGGAUAUAUUAAAUGUAAAAAAAUUCAAAAAAAUUCAAAAAAAAAAAUAUAAUAAUAAUGUACAUAUAUUUUUUAUUCGCGUAAUUCAAUCAUUAUUAUCGUUCCAUUUUACGUUACGCGCUUUUUCUUCCUACUUUUAAAUGUCAAUUGUUCAUCGGUUUCAAGAAAAACAAUUAAUAAUAUCAAUUCGAAAUAGAACUCAUUUAACCCUUUAACAUAAUUUUUGUAUUACAAACAUUCUUUUUUUUUUAGACUAAAAAUAUUCUUUGUUUCACUGAAUUAACCAAUUUGAGUUAUCUUGG